AGAUAAUACUAAUCAUAUAAUACGUCCGAAGCGAGUCUGGUCCGCUACAUAAAUUGAUGGCUGGAGUCUGGAGUGGACGCUGGCAGUGUUCGCCGCCUGGUGCUCCCGUCAACAAACGCUAGGUCAACGAUAGAUGAAUGUUUUGAAGCAAUGGUAGACACAGAUCCAUGUGACAACAGUAUGGCAUCAGAGCUGGGAGAGGAUGGUGGAGGAAAUGGUCUGACAACCCCACAGCUUCAAGUUCAAGACCAGUCCCAGGAGGAGUACUACACAAGUUAUGAGGAUGUGGAGAUCCACAGAUUAAUGGUUAACGACUCACCACGCACCAAAGCAUAUGCUAAUGCUAUAAGCAGCAACAAACACUUGUUCCAGGGAAAGAUUGCCAUGGAUGUUGGAGCUGGCACAGGUAUUCUUUCAUUGUUCAUGGCUGCUGCUGGAGCUAAGAAAGUUUAUGCUGUGGAAGCUAGUGGCAUGGCUGCUGUCAUUCAGAAAGUGGCCAAAGACAAUGGCUUUGGGGAUGUUAUCCAGGUUUGCCAUGCUAGAGUAGAAGACAUCUCUCUCCCAGAAAGUGAAAAGGUGGAUGUUAUUGUCUCUGAAUGGAUGGGGUUUUAUUUGCUACAUGAAUCAAUGUUAAAUUCUGUAAUAUGGGCGAGAGAUAAUUUUCUUGCGGAAGAUGGAACAGUAUUCCCAUCAGAGGCAAGAAUGUAUGCAUGCCCAUGCUCAUUACAAACCCUGUAUAAAGAACAGAUUAGCUUUUGGGACAGUGUAUAUGGAUUUAACAUGUCUGCUGUGAAACAGUACGCCUUAAAAUCUAAAAUGACGAAGCCAGAGGUUUGUCUUAUUCCAAAAUCUGACUUAUUAGCAGAACCAACUUGUGUUAAAAAGUUUAACCUACGAUGGAUGUCAGAAGGUGAAGUGAAGUUUUUUACCGAAACAACCUUUGUUGCCAUUACUAAACCAGGGAGUUAUCAAGGACUUUGUCUCUGGUUUGAAUGUGAUUUUGAUGGUAUAGACUAUGAUGAAAAUGGAAAAGAAAUUGGAAGUUUAGUUAAAUUGUCAACUUCUCCAUUCAGUCCUGCUACACACUGGAAACAAACAGUUGUUGUUCUUGGGUAUGAUGCAGACCAGGCUGAUCAACAAAUGGAAUUGGUGUGCCAGGAAGGCUUAGAUAGUAUUAUAGAUUUAAGGGCAGGAAUAAUGAAUUCAGGAGGUACAUUAGAUGACUGUGAAAAUGAAAAUAAACAAAACACAUUGCCAGAUGAUCAACAGAAAAAUGGCUGUUCUGAACAAGAGUGUGGCAAUCGAACACAAAUUACACCAAAUGUUACUAGUGACAAAAUAAGCCAAUCUGGCCAUGAUAACAAUGUUGAAGAGGAUGAGGUUGUAGGUUGGAAGUUAACACUAGCUCAGAGUGAUAGUAAUGUGCGUCAUUAUACAAUGGCUGUUGAAAUGUUGGAUCCAGAGAGUGAGGAACAUCCUAUACCAUGCUACUGCCCAAUGCCUAGAUGUCUCAUAAUUACCAAGAUGCUUGAGAAAGAGGAAGUGGUAGAGGAUGAUAAUGAAGUCAUAGAUUGCACAUAAAAACAAAAAUACAAUACAGGAGGCUCCCCAAAUUCGCAUAUUUUUAUUUAGCAGUCCUCUAUUAUUCGCGGAUGACACUCUGGAUGUACCCAAGAAUGUCUGUGGGUAGUUUUAAAGUUGCCGUCAUUUUUGCGGCUGGGACAGGGAGACAUUCAUUCAUUCUAGAGACAGUA